AUGGUUAAUACCAGUUUAAUUGAAAUUAUUCUUCGUGAACAAGAGGAUCCUAGUUGUUCAACUACACGACAAAUUCGAGAUAUAUACAAUAUUCGUUCAGGUGAAGAGCCAAUUAUUCAAGAAUCUGAUGAAGAUAAAGAAUUUCAAUCGAUUCUUUUAAAAGCAAUUCAAGCAUUUCUUAUGGCUGAUAAUGAUGAUGAUGAUGAUGAUGAUGUUGACGACGACGAAGAUAAACCAAUAUCUUAUACAGUAAAACUAAAAGAUAGUGAUGAAAGCGAUACACCAACAAUGAAACGUCGUUCAAUAAUCAAAUUACCAAAAGAAAUCAAAGAACAAAGUGAAAGUGAUGAAACAUCAAGUGAUUCAGAAAAACCAUCAACAGCAUCAUCUUUAACAAUAACAAAACCAUUUUCACCACUUUUUUUAAAUAAUAUGAAAAAAUUCGGUGUUUCAACUGAUUGGCUUGCUAAACGAUCUAAUUUAAUACGUCAAUCAGCAUAUUCACGUUCAUCAGUUGAAUCAAAUGCAAGUAAACUUGAUGCUAUGAUUAAAAGUGCUUCAGCUAAACCAAUACGAUCAAAUCGAAAAUUAUCUUUUGUUGAAACUACAACUACAACACCAACAAAAGCAGAAACCGAUAAAGAAAAUACUGAUCCAUUGACAGAAACCAAUGAUAAAAAAGAAGAAUCGAACGAAAUAACAAAAACGUCGCAAGAAUCUGCACAUUAUGAUUUAGGUAGUGAUAUUGAUGAAGAUAAAGAAAAAGAUGAUGAUUCUUCACCAACAUCGAAAGAAUUUUCACUUCGUAUUCCACGUGUUGAUCUUUCUGAUGAAGAAAAUAAACAAGUAUCAAAACGAUCAAGUUCAGUAUCGUCAGAUGAUGAGUCUAAACAAGAAAAAAUUAAACCAAAAAAAAAGAGAAAAAGCAAAAAAGAAAUAACAGCAACAAAAACAGUUGACACAAUGAAAAAUUCAUCACCAAAUCAAGAUAAAGAUGAACAAACAACAACAAAUGAUGAUACAAAAAAAUCAUCACAAAAAAAAAGUCAAGGUGAUCACGCACAAUUACGUAUUGAACGUUUAAAAAAGUUACUUCGAAUAUCUGGUAUUCGAUUAAUUAUUAAAAAAACUGAAUUAGAUGAAUUACGAUCCAAUAAAGCUAAAAUUAAUUAUCUUAAAUCACUUUUCAAUAAAGCUGGGUUUACAGGUAGUUUAUCAAUUAAAGAAUGUGAAAAAUUUCGGAAGAAACGUGACACUGAAAAAGAAUUACUUGAAAUUCAAGCGAAUGCUGUUGAUGUUAAAGGGCAUAUGAAAGGUGGUCGAACAUUACGAGGAGAAGGUCGAAAUACCGAUGAAUGCGAUGCGAGCGCUAAACGAAAACGAACAGCAAGUAGUGAAAUUGAAGAUGAUGAACAAAAAAGUAAUGACAAUUCUUCUGAUAAUGAAAGAACGACUGUUAAAAAACGACGAAUUAUGAAAAUGGAAGCAUCACCUGAAGUUAGCGAAGAUGAAUAA